AUGGGUGUCAACUCCUUGUGGGAUAUAGUUGGGCCCACGGCUAGGCCGGUCCGGUUGGAGGCUCUUUCCCGCAAGAAGCUAGCUGUUGAUGCCUCUAUCUGGAUAUAUCAGUUUCUCAAAGCAGUCAGAGAUAGCGAAGGGAAUUCCCUUCCACAAUCCCAUAUAGUUGGGUUUUUCAGAAGGAUAUGCAAGCUUUUAUAUUUUGGAAUCUUUCCCAUUUUUGUAUUUGACGGAGGUGCUCCUGCUCUUAAGCGAGAGACAAUAAACCAGAGAAGAGAAAGAAGACAAGGACAGGCAGAAACCACGCGGCAAACGGCUCAGAAGUUGUUGGCAAUUCAAAUCCAGAGAGAGGCAGAAAAGCUGAGAAACGUGGCGAAUGGAAAACACGUCAAUUACGAUGCCGAAGAUGAUGUGAUAUAUUUGGAAGACUUGCCCAUCAACCAUCCACAGCAUGGUGCGACUGUUGGAAAUCAGCCAGUCAAAAGUAGAGAGGGAACUCCUAGUUCUCAGACAAAUGUAUUUAGAAAGGCUGAUGAGUAUCAUUUACCAGAAUUAAAGCAGUUCAAGGUAUCCAGAGAUGAUGGCAGAAUUAUGCCAGAAGAAGAAUUUCUCGAAGAAAAUAUUGACCAUAUUGAUGGUGUAGAUAUCAACACGGUGGAUCCCAAUUCAAAGGAAUUUCUUUUAUUACCCAAAGCUACACAGUAUAUGAUUUUGUCACAUCUCAGAUUACGAUCCAGAUUGAGAAUGGGGUACAGAAAGGAACAACUUGAAGAGCUAUUUCCCAAUAGCAUGGAUUUCUCGAAGUUCCAGAUCAAGCAGGUACAAAAGAGAAACUUUUAUACUCAGAAACUAAUGAAAAUUGCUGGUAUGGGAGAAGAUGGAAACAUGACAAAGAGAAUCGCAGGUGACAAGGAUAGAAAAUAUGCCUUAGUCAGAAACGAAGAUGGCUGGACUCUCGCUUUACAAGGUGAGGAAUCUACUGCUUCAAAUCCAAUCGUUCUAGACGAAAAUGUAGAGGAUAUUGCUUCCACAAUCAGGGACGAACCGAAGCCUGAAAUUGCUGUUAUAGAAGAUGAAGUAGUAAAAGUGGAAGAACAAAGCGAUUCAGAGUUUGAAGAUGUUCCAUUUGAAAGCGAAGAAGUAAAAACUGAAAAUAUAGAUAGUGAAGACGAUGAUUUACAGAAUGCGUUGAUUGAAUCGAUUUAUGAGAAGUUUGAAAGUCGCCCUUCCGAAAUCAAGAGCAUAACUUCUGAUGGUUUUGAUGAAGAAGAACUUUCGAAAGCAAUUGAGUUCUCUAGAAAAGAUCUUCAACAAUUACAGCAACAGGAAAAGGAAAUAGAAAGAGGUUCAGCUAAUACUUCAUCUACCCACACCUUUGCAACUACACAGGAUAGACAACUAAUGCCAUCUGAAUCUGAAUUUUCUUUUGGAGAAUCGUUGUUAUUUGUAAAUUCAGAAUCAUCUAAAAUCAAUGAGCAAAAUUUGGAACUUGAUUUGGGCAGUUCGAUUCUCUUUACAGGGUCUGACAAAAGAGAAACACCAAUUGCCAAUGUACAUACAACAGAGGCAAAGAGCCAAAACGAAGCUAAAGAAAGGGAAAAAGAAAAAGUAGACUCUACUGAAGCUGCAACUGACAAGAAAAGUGAUAAAAUAGUUGAUGAACCAAGACAACUCCCCAGCUGGUUUAGUGCUGAAUCUUCUUCCAAUCCUCAUAGUCAGCCUUUCAUGACUUAUAGUAGCCAAAACACCUCUAAGAAAUACAAGGAUGAUGAAGAAGCAGGGCUAAUCAGUUGGAACGAAGCAAAGACUUAUCUCGAUGCAGAAGAAAUUAACGAUGUCCUGGAAGAGUCAGAAGGCGAUAUCCAAGAAAUCAGUGCUCCAGCGACUGAAAUUCCGGAGUCAAUUACUCAGCAAACGGUAUUGGAAGUACCCAGUAAUAAAGAAAAUGUUAACGAGGAACGGAGAGUUGAAGUAUUAGACUAUGAUUUUGAACAGGAAGAAGAGGAAGAACUAGUGGAACAACUCCAGAAAGAAGAGGCUGCCCAUGAGAGUUUCCGUGAAAACAUUAAGAAGAUACACCAGAUCCCAGUUGGAUCAACAAGCACGAGCAUUAGUGAAGAACAGCUAUUACAAGAGCAAUUACAGAAAUCAAAGAGAGAUUCGGAUGAAGUAACACAGAACAUGAUCACAGAUGUCCAAGAGCUUCUUCGUCGAUUUGGUAUUCCUUAUAUUACGGCUCCAAUGGAAGCAGAAGCACAGUGUGCUGAACUAGUGAAAAUUGGAUUGGUGGAUGGAAUCAUCACAGAUGACAGUGAUUGCUUUUUAUUUGGAGGAACCAAAGUGUACAAGAACAUGUUCAAUCAGAAGCAGUAUGUGGAAUGCUACUCACAGGAUGACGUUGUUGAUAAGAUUGGAUUAACCAGAAAAAAUCUCAUCGAGCUAGCACUUUUAUUAGGUAGUGACUAUACAGAAGGUAUUAAGGGAAUUGGUCCAGUUCUUGCGAUGGAGAUAUUGGCAGAGUUUGGGUCGUUGAAGAAUUUUAAAAAGUGGUUUGACGAGAAGACAAAGACAGUCAAGUCUGACAAGAAAGAUCAGACGGCAUUGGAAAAGAACUUGCUAGGAAGAAUAAGAAACGGAAAGCUUUUCUUGCCCGAAAGAUUUCCUGAUAGUGUGGUCUUUGACGCUUAUGAACAUCCUGAAGUUGAUCAUGAUCGUAGCGAGUUCAAAUGGGGAGUGCCCAAUCUUGACCAAAUCCGCUCUUUCUUAAUGUAUAACUUACGAUGGACUCAGGAUAAGGUGGAUGAAGUUAUGAUUCCAUUGAUCAGAGACAUGAAUAGGAAGAGAACCGAAGGCACACAAUCCACGAUUGGGGAGUUCUUCCCGCAGGAAUAUAUCCAAUCACGGAAGGAGGUGAAAUUGGGAAAGAGAAUGAAGUCGGCAGCUAAUAAGUUGAAUAAGAGACAGAAGAAAGGUACUUAG